CGUUUUGUCCUCCAUUGUUCUGCGAGGAUUUUCUCUGUGGUUCUCAGGGGCCGGGCAGCAGAUGGAAAGCUAGUUUGUGGUCAAUGUUUCUUAAUAUGUUAAUAUAUUCAGGGGGUGUGUGGUAGACUUCAGUGUUGUGGGGGUCUCCUACGCAUUGUGCUGGUAUGGGAACGUGUCUGUGAUUUUGUGCAGACACGACCGUCUUUCGUCGGACAUUCAGUCCAUGUGGGUUAGGAUUCUGCGGUGAUGUAAAACCAAGGCAAAGGAAACAAAAGACAGACAGACAGAAAGGGAAAGAGCGAGAGAUAGCACAGACGGACGGACAGACUGACAGAUAGAGGAGGAGCAAGAGAAAAUACAGACAAAAUCAAAGCAGGAGAACCAGCGAAGAACCAGGAGGUGUUUUUUUAAUCCUGGAUUUGUGUGAAAUAGUCAUGGAGACAACAUAUGAUGACCCUGAAGAUGAACAGCAGGAGAAACCAGGUUGUUUCGAGUGCUGUAUUAAAUGUCUCGGUGGCGUUCCCUACGCAUCGCUGGUCGCCACAAUCCUGUGCUUCUCAGGUGUGGCUCUCUUCUGCGGAUGUGGCCAUGUCGCCCUGACGGGCACCGUUACCAUCAUGGAGAACCACUUUUCUAAGAUCACCGCUGAUAAUGCCUUGCUGACUGACAUAGUCCAGCUCAUGCAGUACGUCAUCUACGGCAUCGCUUCCUUCUUCUUUCUGUAUGGGAUUAUUCUGCUGGCCGAGGGAUUUUACACCACCAGUGCAGUGAAAGAGCUUCACAGCGAGUUUAAGACGACCGUCUGUGGCCGCUGUAUCAGUGGAAUGUUUGUGUUUCUGACGUAUAUCCUGGGCAUUGCCUGGUUGGGUGUCUUUGGCUUCUCCGCUGUACCUGUGUUUCUGUUCUACAACAUGUGGUCCACCUGUGCUGCCAUGCGCUCACCAGUGGCCAACCUCACGUCUGUGGAUAGCAUCUGUGUAGACGUGCGUCAGUACGGGAUUAUUCCAUGGAACGCAACACCAGGAAAAGCCUGCGGCUCGACUCUGGGAGAUAUUUGUAACACAAGUGAGUUCUACCUGUCUUAUCACCUGUAUAUCGUAGCGUGUGCAGGAGCAGGUGCGACAGUCAUCGCUCUGAUUCAUUAUCUAAUGAUCCUCUCUGCUAACUGGGCCUACCUUAAAGAUGCCAGUCACUUACACUCGUACCAGGACAUCCGAAUGAAGGAGGAACAGGAGCUUCAGGACAUCCAGUCUCGCUCCAAAGAGUGUCUCAAUUCAUACUCGUAAGCUCACGAGCGACGCUCCGGACGACAAACACCAGUCUGUUUUAAACUGCCAACUAAACCCAACCUAACCUAACACACUAAUGCAUCUUCUGCUGGUUUUCAACUAAUGUGCUUUUUUAAGCCGGACCUCCUUUUGUAUUUUAUGUUGUUUACUCUUUCGGUAGGUCAGAUUUUCUUUACUUCCCCUUUCUGAACCAGCUGGUUUCGUCUGGUUAAAGUUUAAAACAUUGCACUAUUCACUAUAACGUUCAUUUUACAAAACAGUUCAAAGGGGUUUGAGACCUUCUUCUUUUGUAAGAAAUGCAAAUCCAUGUGAUUUGAAUCAUUAUAAACCUGAAUCCAAUACACACAUGUGGCGUAUAAAGUAAUUCCCUAUUCAAAAUUUGAAAGUAUUCCCUGUGUUUGUAUUAAUUCUAUGACUAGUUUUUCUAGUUUGUCAUAUUAUUUCUAAAAAAAAAUGUUUAAACAAAACAAAAAUCUUUCUGAUUAUUCUGCAGUCAUUAAAUGUGAAUAUUUUAUGAUCUUACGGCAGAUUUCUGUUCUUGACGUUUUACUAUCUGAAGGUUUUGUUUAGUAUGCAGCACUAGUUUAUUAUUUACUUUAUAUUGUGAAGUACAUUAAGCAGCACUCACUAUAUAUAUAUAUAUAUAUAUAUAUAUAUAUAUAUAUGACCUACUAUUUUUAAUAAUAGUAUGUAAAACAGUAUUCUGCUGCAUUUUGAUGUCGCAUGUUUUUGCUGAUCGGCGUCCAUUUAUUACCUGGAAAAUAAAAUUGUUUUUCUUUUUUAAUUACACUUUGUAUUAAAAUGUUUUAACUUUUGAAUGUUCGAUCAAAACAAGUUACAAUCAACACCUUCAUCACAUCAGUGAUAUAAGGUCCAGUCGUAUGCAUUGCAUUGUGGGAUUGAGUAUUUGAGCUAUACGGUGUGGGAUACGGUGUGCUUUCAUGUGUACUUCAUAUAUUAUCAGAUGCAAUGGGUCAUCCAGGUAUUCAAUACAUACAAACAUGUGCAGAGUAUAUAUAUAUAUUUAUACUAUGUACUGAAGGAGUUUGUUAAUGUGAUGAUUUUGUAUGCAGGGUCAGAAUCUCCUAUGCAGUUAUUUAAAAUAAGCUGUUUAAAGACACAUGGGUUCAAUCACAUUUAACUUUAUAGGUUAUGAUACAGUCAACAGACACGCGGUGUAUAUACAGUAGAGUCUGAAAGCACAUUUAUGUUGAUAUUUUUCUGCUUUCAUUAAAGCUCACAACAUUCUCAAGCCAUCCAUACAUGAAGUAUACAUAUAUUUCAGUUUAUAAGGUCACAUUUUAUAUUAGGUGCUCUUAACUACUAUGUACACUGCAAAAAAUGAUUUUCAAGAGAAAAAAUGUUUUAGUAUUUAGUAUAAUUUUGGUAUUUUUGUCUUGUUUUCAGUAAAAAUAUCUACAAAUUCUUAAAUUAAGAUGUUUUUUCUUGAUGAGCAAAGACCCAAGAAAAUAAGUCUAGUAAAAGUAAUAAAAUAUCAAAUUUAAGUGAUUUUGUGCAUAAAACAAGCAAAAAAAUCUUACAUUUUUUCUUAAACACUAAAUUCAAGAAAGACAAAUUCAAGCAAAAUUAGCUUAAAACAAGCAAAAAAAUUAAAUCUGCCAAUGGGGUAAGCAAUUUUUUUUUAAUUUCUUGAAUUUAGUGUUUAAAAAAAUGUUUAAUAUUGUUUUGCUUGUUUUGUGCACAAAAUCACUUAAAUUUGAUAUCUUUGGUCUAAAAACUAAAGUGCACCAAACAAGCAAAAAAAUCUUAAACAUAUUUCUUAAACACUAAAUUCAAGUAAAUGUAAAAAAAUUGCUUACCCCAUUGGCAGAUUUUUUUUUUGCUUGUUUUAAACAAAUAUUUUUGAGAAUAAUAAUGUAAGAUUUUUUUGCUUGUUUUGUGCUCAAAAUCGCUUUAGUUUUUAGACCAAAAAUAUCAAAUUUACGUGAUUUUGUGCACAAAACAAGCAAAAAAAUCUAAAAAAAUUUCUUAAAAACUAAAUUCAAGAAAAAUUCAAGAAAAAUUUGCUUAAACAAGCAAAAAAAAUAAAAAAUAAUAAUCUACCAAUUUUUUUCUUUUUUUCUUGAAUGUAGUGUUUAAGAAAAAUGUGUACGUUUUCUUUCUUGUAUUGUACGUUUUCUUUCUUGUAUCAUGCCGAGCCCCUAAGGACAUUGGGGUAAAAAAAUCGAAAGUUUAGUUUCAUGUGCUCACGUGAAGCUUUCAUGUGCUCACGCAAAACCUUCAUGUGCAGAAUUAUAAAAGUUAGUUUCGCUUUCACGUGCGCGCGCGAUAGUUUCAGGUGAGCACACAAAAAAAAAUCUGCACAUGAAGGUUUGGCGUGAGCACAUGGAACUAAACUUUAUUUAAUUUUUGCUCCAUGUCCCCUUAGGGGCUUCGUAAGAUCAAUUUAGUUUUUAGACCAAAAAUAUCAUAUUUGAUUUUGUGCACAAAACGAGCAAAACAUUUUUUAACAUUUUUCUUAAACACUAAAUUCAAGAAAAAAAAAAUUGCUUACCCCAUUGGCAGAUUUUUUUUUGCUUGUUUUAAGCACAUUUUUCUUUACUUUAGUGUUAAAAAAUGUUUAAGAUUUUUUUGCUUGUUUUAUGCACAAAAUCACUUUAAUUUGACAUUUUCGGUCUAAAAACUAGACUUACUUUCCUGGGUCGUUUUGCUCAUCAAGAAAAAGCCUCUUAAUUUAAGAAUUUUUUAGAUAUUUUUUACUCAAAACAAGGCAAAAAUACUAAGAUUGUCAUUAACAUGUCAUAGCAUAUUAAUGAUAAAACUUAAUAAACUACCUACCUUUAUGGGUUAACAUUACAUUAAAUGGUCAUGUGGUUAGUUUUGACCUUGGUCAUUAUGAUUAUAAUUGUGUGAUAAAUAUUUUUCUUACCACUUUUUCCCAUGAUAUAAAUGUUUUUUUAUUAAAAUGUCAUUAAGUGUUUACUCAUUAAUACUCUGACAAAAUUUUUUAAAUACUUUAACAAAUAAAGAAAAAUAUUCAUGACACAAUUAUAAUCAAGACAGCCAAUGUCAAAACCAACCACAUGACAGUUUAAUGUAAUGUUAACCCAUAAAGCUAGGUAGUUUAUUAAGUUUGAUAAUAUAUCUGCUUUGUCAUGUUUAUGACAGAUUUUGUUAUGUUGUCUUGGUUAAUGUCAAGUUACAUCUCAAACAAUGAUGUCAUCUUUGCAUUAAAUAUUGACAUAAUUGAGCGAAUGACACUUAAUAACAGUUGUCAUAAACGUGCAUAAAAUCUCCUUCAUGUUUACGAACACACGUGUCGUGUCGUGUCAUGUCAGUCAUAUGAACACCCCUUUAAGUUAAAUGGUCAAGUACAUAGUAGUUAAGGUCACCGAAUAUAACGUGUGACCAUUUAUGAUUUUAACAAAUUUCAUAUUAGUGAAGAAUAAACAAUAGAAGACUUUUGGAGUGUUUAUGUUUACAGAGUUAUAAAAUGAUUGAAGGAAAAAUCUUCCAGCUGUAAAACAUGAAGACUUUGUUAAUGUGUUCAGAUCGCAGAAAAUGUUUUUUCAUCCAGCACGUACAAAUUCAUCAGCAUGAGUAAUGUGACCCAGUUCAGAAAGUGGAACGCAAAGCUUUGUUUUGUUUUGAGAGGAAGAGAAGAAUUCAACAAAUGUGCGAUUGUAAAUACAGACAAAUCUUGCAGUCAUUUUUGUAAAAGAGGUUUAUAGUGCUCGAGUUCUUAAUAACUUUAUAAAGAAAACCUGUGUGAUGGUUAUUUGUAUUGACCGAUAUUGUAAGCAGUGUUUGCCUUCUGCUUUAUAACAUCUUAUAAUCAUGUGAUAAAUGCUUUUUAUUAAAUCAAUCAACUAGUGUUCAGUGAUGUUAUUUUAAUCUGUGUUUAUGUUCUCUCUAUGAUACCUUUGUAACCAAUAGUCAACCAAUAUUUUUCAUUAACUGUAGUGACUUUUCUUAGUUUUUUUUCUUAAACUGUAUUUGUUUAAAAUGGUGAUAUUCUGUCUAAACCACUAUAUAAAUCAUGAUGCUGUUAUAUGAGCCCUGUGAGAUUGUUUUUUUUAUGAUUGACCAAAAUGUGUUUAUGUACUUCUUGUAAUCUGCAGCUUUAAACUGGUAAAGUUAACCAGCUAAACCAAUAACAAGGUGCACAUAAUUAACUUUAUUUGCCCAACAUUGAUGAUUUAUUUUAAGUGUCUUUUACCCCAAAAUGUGUUGAGACCUUCACAAGUUAUUGUAUUUUAUGCUAAAAAAUAAAACAGGUCCUGUUUCAAUGAGACAUUUUAAACAUUAUAAACAGUUGUGGUACAUGAAAUUAUAGAUGUUUGCAUGAAAAAAUUUCAGAGUUUACUACCAUUUUAAAAGGACACACGAACAUUCACUUCAUGUCAAAUUUAUUUCAAUAAAUAAACAGAUUUAUACAGAAA